AUGGACUAUGCAACGGACCUUAAUAGCGAUGCGGCAGCACAUAUAGCUGACUUUUGGGAGAAGGCUAAACAGGAAGCCGAAUGUCUUAAACCGGAACAGAACUCCUUUAAGACCCAGGAUCUUCCACUCGCUCGUAUUAAGAAGAUAAUGAAGCUGGAUGAUGACGUGAAAAAUAUGAUGAUUAGCGCAGAGGCUCCUAUUUUAUUCGCUAAAGCAGCAGAACUUUUUAUUCGAGAGUUGACUUUACGUGCCUGGCUUCAUACAGACCGUAACCGUAGGAGAACUCUGCAAAGGAAUGAUAUUUCCAUGGCUGUAUCCUUUGGCGAUACAGAUCAAUUCGAUUUCCUUAUCGAUAUAGUUCCACGUGAAGAAGGUCGCGCUCAUCGCCGGUCUCAACAACAGCAUACCCAAUCAGCCCUUCAACAAAUGGCCGGUUCCUCUCUUGUCCAACAAGCCCAAGUUCACGUUGUUCAGCAACACGCUAGUGGAGAGGACGUUUCCAUUAAGAGUGAAACUGCUGGACAAACUACUGCAACUCUAGUGGCUAAUGCUGAUGGCACGUUGACAACUGUCACCGGUGGUCAGCCUACUGUUCAAUUUGCCACUGUGCCCACAGCAACUGCAACCGGUGUUUCUGGACAGCAAAUUCAAUAUGUUAUCCAGUUGCCAGCUUCCGCAGCAACAGCUUCAAAUGGUCAACCCUUCCAAAUUCAGAUGCUGCCUCAACAGUUUCAAGCUGCGAGUACGGACGCAGUAGCUCAAGCAGUUGGAGGAACCUUGAUAACCACCGGUGGCGUAGCGGGUACAGCGGCUACGGCUGGUGGACUGCAAUUAGUGCACGUUGUUAAUCAGCCACAGGCUGCUACUACCACGGGAACCGUUCAACAUCAGCAGGCGGCCUCGAAUCCCACUGGGACCGGUGAUGGAGCAACCGGAAAGUUGCAAACCGUCCAUGUUCAGCUCUCGGAUCUUACCUCGGGCGGUCAGACGCUUUUGGUACAACCGUCUGGAGCUGUUGUUGUUGCCUCCUCUGGUUCAUCCACUGAAGAUGGUACUGUUCCUGGAACAGCUACUCUAGUCUCUGUUGAUGGUGGGGAGACCUACACAGCCGCUCAAGUAUUCGCGUCUGCCGGUGCUUCCACAGAAAUUCCACGAGUGGCAACACCUACAUCAUCAGAAGAGCAUAUUAUUCAAACCUCAGCGGGGCAAACAAUCACCCAUUCCGAACAGCAUGCUGCCGAAGCUACUAGAAAAAUGGAAGAACCGUCAGUGGGUGUUUGA